AUGGUCGCGCGAAGGACUGUACACUCGCAAUCCCGUGGAAUACAGGAUUGGACCCCAGGCUCCCUGUCCUGGCGAAGUGCUGAAACUGCGGCUGCUCGUAUGCGUUUCCUGUGUGAUGUAGCUGGUGCUGCUUGUCCAGCGCCGUCAAGGUCAAUUGACACAGCGAGUCGAGAUCCGGCCGGCAGAAGAAGUAGGCAGCGAAGGGAAAAGAAGAGAAGAAGUAAAAGAAGAAUAAAACGAGAGGAAGAGGCGAGCUUCGCGAGGAAGAUAAAAAGCAGAAGCAGCAGAAGCAGCAGAAGCAGCAGAAGAAGAAGAAAAGUCCAGGGGCGAGAUGAAGGGGCUUCAAGGCGAACCCGCUAG